AUGCCUCCUGUGCAGACGCAACAGUAUGACUACAUCGUUCUAGGCGGUGGUAGCGGUGGUAGUGGUAGCGCACGCCGUGCGGCCGGUUGGUACAAGGCCAAGACGCUGAUUGUGGAGAGUGGCCGGUCUGGUGGUACCUGUGUCAACGUUGGCUGCGUUCCCAAGAAGAUGACCUGGAACUUUGCCACCGUGAAUGAAACCCUCCACGCGGCCCAACACUACGGUUACGACGUCCCGAACGAUGUCAAGGUCAACUACCGCUACUUCAAGGACAUCCGUGACGCAACCAUCAAGCGACUGAACGGCAUCUACGAGCGCAACUGGGACCGCGAAGGCAUUGACCUCGUCCACGGCCGCGCCAGCUUCGUCGAGCCCAAGACCAUCGAGGUGACGCUGGAGGAUGGCAGCAAGGCACGGUACACAGCGCCGCACAUCCUAAUCGCCACCGGUGGCUACCCCAUCGUCCCGAACAUUAAGGGGGCCGAGCACGGCAUUACCAGUGAUGGUUUCUUCGAAAUUGAAGAGCUCCCGCCCAAGCUGGCGGUCGUCGGCGCGGGCUACAUCGCCGUCGAACUGGCUGGUGUCAUGGGCACAGUCGGCGUCGACACCCACAUGUUCAUCCGCGGAGAGCGGUUCCUGCGCAAGUUCGACCCCAUGAUCCAGCAAACCAUGACCGAUCGGUACGAGGCCGUCGGCAUCACUCUGCACAAGCACCACGCCGGUUUCAAGGAGGUGCAGCUGCUGCGCGACGGCAAGGGUAAAGAUAAGCUGCUCAAGCUGAUCGGUCACGACGGCUCCGAGAUGGAGGUCAACGAGCUGCUGUGGGCCAUCGGACGCGCCCCCGAGGUCAAGGACCUGAACCUCGGCGUGACGGGCAUCCAGCUGAACAAGACCGGUCACAUCGUCGUCGACGAGUACCAGAACACGAGUGUGGAUGGCAUCUACGCCCUGGGCGAUGUGACCGGCCAUGCCGAACUGACUCCUGUCGCCAUCGCUGCUGGUCGCCAGCUGGGUAACCGGUUGUUCGGCCCUCCCGAACUCAAGGACUCCAAGUUGUCGUACGACAACAUCCCGACGGUGGUGUUUGCCCACCCGGAAGUUGGCACCGUGGGACUGACGGAGCCGGAGGCCCGUCAACGCUACGGUGACGAGAACAUCAAGGUCUACCACACCAAGUUCACGGCGAUGUACUACGACGUGAUGCCGGCGGAGGAGAAGAAGAAGAACCCGACCGAGUUCAAGCUGGUGUGCGCGGGGCCGGAGGAGAAGGUGGUCGGGCUGCACAUCCUGGGACUUGGCGUGGGCGAGAUGCUGCAGGGCUUUGGCGUGGCGGUCAAGAUGGGCGCGACCAAGCGCGACUUUGACAGCUGCGUGGCGAUUCACCCGACCAGUGCGGAGGAGCUCGUGACGCUGCGGUAG